AUGGAACCACCUGCGUUGCCUGAGUCUCAAAUGGGAAAGCACGCUAGCACUACCGAGUAUUCCUCUACCGAGGAUUCCCCGGUACCGCAUCCUCAUCAGGAAGUUGCGACGGAGAAGGAGGUGGAGCCGGAGCCGGAGCCAAAGCCAAAGCCAAAGCGGCGCGGUACUCCAUACCCCUUCCCUGAGGAGCCUCAAGGUGAUCAAUCCCCCCGAUCAAAGCAUUCCUGGCAACUGUACGACGCCAUGGUGGCCGAAUCCCAUCUUCACCGAGAGGGCAGCGCUUCCGAACGUCGAUCUGCGCUCUACGGCAAAAUGAUCAAGCACCACGAGAGCGCCAUCGAUAGCAGCGAAGAAGAGGCCGGGGCCGAGGCUGACGACAACGGAGGAGUUCCCGACUGGAUUGCGAAGCGUCGAGAUCUCUACCAGAAUGCGCAAGACUACCUCUGCCCUGAACUUGAAGCCGAGAAUCAAACAUCAUUUGCGGCGCUCCCUCCAAGCCCACCUUUGGACACGAAGACGGUCAUUACCGCCGCAUACGCUGAGAUCUCCGCCGAGUCUGCCACUCCUGAGUUCCAUCCAGCUACUCCUGCUGAGAGCGCAUCUUAUGUCAGAAACAUGGGAUACCAACACGUCGAGAGCGACGAGGGCGUGGUUGAAGAAGAUAGCAAUGGAGCGUCAGGACAAGUAAGCGUCUUUGAGAUUGGUAGUGAGAGCAGUGAGAGCAGUGACAACGAGCAAGGACAGACAACUCGCGCUCCCCAAGUCCAUACAUCGUCGCCUGUCGAAGCUACACCGGCCCGCACUCCGUCUUCUACUUCGAACAAUCAAGCCAAUGUCGAGAUCGGAAAUAUCCCAAAAUCAAAGGUCCCUGAGACUUUGGCCGAGUAUGAAAUGAAUUCCACCAAGGUCCAGCGAGGAGACUUUACACCACUCGAAAACACACCUCGAGUCCAGGUGCGACUCGAAGACUGGAAAACCUACCCGCCGAUGCCCAAUUCAGGCUUCCAGCUUACGUCUGACGCUCAUGAUCCUAAGUAUGCACAUGUACACGAAGAAACUGGCCCCACCAUGGUCUCUCGCAGUAUGGUCAGAGAACUCCUCAAUGCUGAUGGAUCUGAGUCCAAGGGUGCUGGUCAAACAACUCCUGCCCGGAGCGCCAUGCCUGGAGAUGGUACAUCAGAAGCCCCCAAGGAGAGCCAAACAGCAGCAGCGAGCCAGAUCCCAACAUUGGACUUCCUCGGAGUGAAUAUCCUUGAAUGCAGUGGCGAGGACGACGAGCUCAUGCAUUGUAAGAUUUGCGGCAAGACUCACAUUGAGCCGGGACCUCCAGUCACUCUCGCGACCCGUGACCCGUGUGGAGCUUUUCUUCCGGACUGGUUCCCAAUUGACAGAGUCCCCGAUAGACCAUGGGAAUUCUUCCGGAUGAUGAUCAACGAGGUCAAACAUAUCGAGGACAUUGAGGCUGGGCGUGCUACAUUGGAAAAGAGUUGGGACAAGGAGUAUCACGACGAGCACCCAAAAUGGCAGGCUAUUGGUCACCCACAGGGCGGUUGGUGGAAUUGUCGUACGGGACCCGAAGCAACUGCGGCCGAAAGAAUGUGCAAGAAGUGCCAUAAGCAAAAGCCCCUAGCCGACCCAAACAACCCCCCUCCAGUUUACUUUACGAUGGAACAGGUUCGUAACCGGAAGAAAUCUGCGAUGGACUGGAUGGCGAAGCAUCAAGCGGCCUACGCGGAGAAGGUGAAGGCUGAGGCUUUGCAAAUGAUCCGAGACAAUGCCGAACCUCAUCCAUCAAUGCCUCCACGCCGGGCCUAUACCGUUGGUGACCUCCAAGAGAAUCAGUCUCCAGGAACUGCUGGCAAGGGUAAGGAGGUUGAGAUUGGAGACGAGCCUAAGUCAGCGGAGAGGAUGCUUCUCGAGGCAAUGUGGAAUCAUAAAGGUCCAUUGUCGACUCUCGUUAUUCCGACGCCAGCCUCGCCGACCGAAUCGACUCCUCCUGACGACGAGGGGCUGAUGAUGCGAACUCGAUCUCGCGAGCCACUCCAUAGCGCAAAUAGCAGUCUCGGCUCUCAGCCCAUCUCCUCGUUCCUCAGCAAGUCGCCCACGACUUAG